AUGGACUCAAAGUUGGAAGGCAGCCAGGAGGAAAAUGGAACAGGGAAUGUACCAGAAAAAGGCGAAGAGAAUGUGGCUAUACAAACAAACGAAGACGAAGGGAUAGACAACCUCAAAAAUAACGAAGAACAACCGGUUGAAACAAACUCUGAACUUGCCACAAGUAAAAAUACUGAACUUGCAGAGGAGCAGGAAGAUGCUACAAGGAGGGAUUCAAAACUAGCCGAAUCUUCAAGACUUUCCCUUUCCAGUCAUGGAAUUCCGAAGCGUUAUGCGUUAUUAUUUUUAGUGUUUCUAGGUUUUGUUAAUAUUUACGGGCUGAGAGUAAACUUAAAUGUUGCGUUGGUUGCCAUGGUGAACAAUCACACGUAUACACGAGGAGGUGUGACAGUCCAAGAGCCAGCGGAGUUUCACUGGAAUUCAAAGACACAAGGUGAAGACUCAGCCUGUUCGCAGGCAUGGAAAGUUGAUUAAACCGCAUAUUAACUGUGAUUAAACGCAUUUUAAGUGGCUAUUAAAGUGUAGCUAUUUUUUCCUUUUCCUUUUAGGAAUUGUAUUGGGUUCAUUUUUCUACGGUUACUGGGCCUUGCAAGUUCCUGGUGCGUGGAUCGCAAUGAAAUUAGGAGGAACACGUGUGUUUGGAUAUGGUGUACUACUCUCAGCUCUACUCACUCUGUUGACACCCGUGGCUGCGAGGUAUCACGUAGGGGCUUUGAUUGGUGUUCGAGUGUUAGAAGGACUUUUUCUGGUAAGGGACAAAUUUGUUAAAUUUAUAAAAAUUUAUCUAUCCUGAAUGAAACGAAAUCUCGCAUCUACUCUGAUAAGCGGAAUAGGAACAAUUGUUUAGUUAAAGCCACCUUAAACGUGAAUUUGGUUGUGUGGAUUGAUGAUUGAGUAUUCCAGCGAUCUUUGUGUGAAGAGUGGAAAAGAAGGCUUAUUUUUAUUACUCGUAAUCAAUAAAAUUAUUUGUCGUUGUAGGGUGUUACUUAUCCUUGCAAUCACGCAAUAUGGAGCAAAUGGUCCCCAGUUUCUGAGCGUAGUACCCUCGUGACGGCUGCUAUCGCUGGUAAGUUGUAAUUUUUAUAUUUGCGAUUUUCACGUCCACAAGUGGGCAGGUGCUUUUAGUCAUGUUCAAAAUGAAACUGGUAAACUAAAUAACAGGCUGGAUCUUAUAUCUUCUUAUUAGGUGCUGCAGUUGGAAAUAUUGUCGCACUUCCUCUAACUGGAUUACUUUGUAGAUAUGGAUUUGAUGGUGGCUGGCCUACUGUAUUUUAUUUUUUUGGUAAGAGAAAGUUUGUAUAGGUUUAAAAAGUAUAGUACUUAAAACAUGAGAAAAUUUACUGUACAUGAAGGGACAGAACACAUUGAUCAGGACACUGUAACGACAUCGCAAUUAAAGUGUCCAUACUAUACACAUAUCCGCGUAUCAGAGAAGUGCCCGUAGGAAAAGUUCGACUGUAUACUUUUGACUCCACAUAUUUGUGAAAUGCCCAAAACUAAAAUCUUGAAAAUAGUGUAAAUGGUUUAGAUGCAUUUUAUACACUUCUCUUCUUGUGUUUCAGGCACAAUGAGUAUUUUAUGGUAUAUUAUUUGGGAGAUUUUUGCCUACGAGUCGCCCGCAGUGCAUCCGACGAUAUCAGAAAAAGAGAGAAAUUACAUCGAAGGAAGUAUUGGGGAUGAAAAGAUAGAGGUAAGGCUUUCUUAGUAAAUUUAAAAUAUAAAACAAGUUUAUGAACACUAGUACUUUGUUUUAUGUUUUAGAACGACUGUCCGCCAUGGGGCAAGAUUUUAACAUCUCCUCCAGUUUGGGGAAUUAAUAUCGGCCAUUUUGGCGCGUGCUGGGGUUACUACACACUCUUCACAGAAAUGCCAACCUUUCUAAAAGAUAUUUUACAUUUUGACAUCAAACACGUAAGUUAUCCUACAAUUGUCGGAUGACGUUGUAAGUAAGGGUUGCAGCUUGAGAGUUGAGCUCAGUUACGAAGGAGACAAUUGAGUCGAAGGUUUAGCAAAGCCGCGCAUCUGGCUGCCACGGUAUUCACUCAUGUCUGAUCACAGAGUACAGCUACCAUGCAUGAGAGGGUUAAUCUGGAAUUUAUCCCAUUCCAACCCUCUGGUUCCACCGAGAAAAUCGGUGACUAAUUGAGGACGUUGAUUCGCACAUAAGUGCAUGUAAAGAUUCUGCAGCGAGAAUCAAACCCGAGGUGAAAGCUGGUUGUCUUCAGACGACUGCAUGAUUGAAGGAUUACAAAUAGUUUAAGGGUAGGAAUUCAACGCAUUGAAAUAAUUGUGGCUUCUAGUAGUAUAAAAUUUGCCUCGUUUUAUUGAUGUAAAGACAUUAUUCUAUCCUUAUUUUAUUUAGAUGGGAUUUCUAGCUGCGUGUCCAUACAUGCUCAAGUCAGUGUUAGGGCCUCUUGGAGGACUCUCAGCAGAUUUUCUUAUAAAAUAUAAAAUUAUGACCAUACGAAAUGUACGGGCAUUGUAUUACGCAAUAGGUAAGUAUAAUGACUUGUCCAGUCUGGUCCGAAUUCAAGGUCUUGAAAUUACAGCUCAUGUCCCAAUUAAAGAACCUCACCCGUUCUUAGACUUGAUACUUUUUUUUAACUUGACCAAACCUAACCAUGCAGGUUUCAAAUAUCAGCGGCAUAUGACCAAAAUAAUGGCUGUCUUCCUAUGUCAAUACAGUUUAGUUUAGGUUUCUCUUGUGGUACCAUUCGUAAUAAGAGUUGCGACUUACUGGACCCGCUCUAUGCAUGGAGGACAGUUUAUACAACUAAAUAAAUUUAAUUGUGCCAAGCUUUAGUUAAAUUUAAAAUUUUCCUCAUAAAGACCUAAAUUAUUAUUAUUUACUAUAAUACAUGUAUUUGGGAAUUAAAUAUGUCAGUUUCGUAUUUCAAUGUCGUAUAUGAUAUUUCAUGAAUUUUUGUAAUUCUUUGUUUUGACCAGGUUGUAUAAUAGCUGGUAUAUUUAUCGUCGCUACAAGCUAUGCAACUCAGCGUUAUUUAUGUGUUGUAUUUCUUGUUCUUGGUGUCGGUUUUUCUGGAAUAAAUGCGACAGGUUAUGCUGUCAAUCAUUUGGACAUAGCUCCUCGAUACGCUGGCUUGUUGAUGGGCCUGUCCAACACGUUCGGGUCCAUGCCUGGCUUUCUUAGUCCUAUGCUCACUGGAUACAUUGCACAUUCCAAGGUGACUGCUGUUUGUGAUAUUCAAAUCAUCCAUGAAAAAAUAUCUUGUCACGUUGUUACAUUAGAUUACUUGUACGUCUUGAAAUUUAUUUCCAUUUUGUGACCUGAAAACCGUUAAAGUUAUCUCUGUAUUUUAGGAUCCUGAAGAAUGGAAAAUUGUGUUCUGGAUAACACUUAUAAUAUACGUAGUUUCAUCAAGUAUUUACGCCAUACUCGUAUCAGGCGAUAAACAACCUUGGGCGGACAAGAAAAAGACAUAA